AUGUCCACCGAAGAGGCCAAGGUCAAGCUCUACUGGCUCGAGCAGUCGCGCUCCCAGCGCAUCCUUUGGCUCCUUGAGGAGCUCAAGGUCAAAUACGAGGUCGAAAUCUUCCACCGCAACAAGCAGACAUUUCUAGCCCCUCCGGAGCUCGAAAAGGUGCAUCCCCUCGGCAAGUCGCCCGUCAUCACCAUCACGCCUGCCGGCGCCGAUGCCAAACCCAUUGUCCUGGCCGAGAGCGGCUGGAUGACCGAGUACCUCUGCACGCACUACCCAGAAGGCCAGCGCCUCGUCCCGAAGCGCUGGCAGGAGGGCAAGGAAAAUACCAUUGGCGGCGAGACCGAGGCCUACAUGCGCUACAAGUACUACCUACACUAUGCCGAGGGCACCCUGAUGCCUUAUCUGGUUCUGUCACUUGUUAUCGGACGCCUCAAGGGCGGCGACAUUCCGUUCUUUGUCCGACCCAUCACCUCCAUUGUCGCCAACAGGAUCAUCUCCUUGUUCAUUGCCCCCAAUAUCAAAAAGAAUCUCGCCAUGCUCAACGACCAACUCUCAACCUCGGGUGGCAAGUAUCUCUGCUACGAUCAGUUGACCGCGGCCGACAUUCUCAUGAGCUUUCCUCUUCUUGCCGCCAAGGGCCGUUUUACGGAAAUUGUGCCUGGCUGGGAGAAGACUUAUCCCCGUGUUGUUGAAUACAUCAAGACAUUGGAGAGCAAUCCAGGCUACAAGAAGAGCAUUGCCAAGGUAGAGGAGCUGGAUGGCAAAUUCCAGGCUUCAUUGUGA